GUCAACGUUUCAAUUUUAUUUUCCUAUUCGGGCGAUUCGAAACGAUGUUUGAACCAACAAAAUCCAAUCCAGUUGUAACUUUUCAAGCGAAUAUGGCGACUAAAGAGGCGAAUAACAGUAACAGACGUCGGCGCUUUCGGAAAAACCAACGUCUUCGUGGUGGAAUGGAGAAAAAUGACAAGUAUGAGGAUAUUGAUGAGUUUAAUCUUGAUGAUGCUGACGAGGAGUUCACGUCAGAGCCGCAAAAGCAAAAGAAAACACUACGUCUCAAUUUGCCAAAACCAGUUGAAGAGCCAACGCCGCCAGAGCCAGAAACUAGGCUGCAGAAAGCUUUCCAUUACAUAAAAGUUGGAUUUUUUUGCGCCGUUUGGCUAAUAAUAGCUUUAUUAUUGCCAAUGAUGCCCAUUGAGAAACUAGAGGGUUUUCUAACCAUAAUUUUUCCUAAUCAGACGACAUCCAUCAUUGUCAAAACACAAUUGAUCUCACGAGAAGCGCUAGGCUUGCGAGCAUAUGGACCAUUUCUUAUUGGAGGAGAUGCAUCGAAUAUCGAUCCCGGAGAAAAUAAACAUUUGUCAGCAUAUUUGGAGCUAGUGCAUGUGGAUACGAAUCAAAAUAGGAACAGCACUAAAAUCGUAUCGAAUAUGCAAUACUUUUUGCUGAGCAACACGAAGGGAUUGGAUUAUGUGAAACCUGUGAAGAUGUACGGUCAUUUUGGUUUGAGGAAUUUUUCUAAGAAAGACAUAGCGGCAAAUGAGAAGCUACGUUUGCUAAUGCACACGAACAUAAACGAAGAAUUGACUAUAAAAUACUAUUUUGAACGUUCUUUGGAUGCGUCCAUUGGCAUCAUACUCGGUGCUUUAGUGUUGGUCUUCCUGUACAUAUCGAUCAUUUGGGAGCUUAUGAAUCGCACCUUUGUUGCCCUAAUUGCGGCCACACUAGCCAUUGGGGUGCUUGGUUUUAUGCGUUCUUGGCCCAAGUUGAGCAAGAUCAUGAAAUGGAUGGAUACCGAAACUUUAUUGCUACUUUUCGGUAUGAUGGUGCUUGUGGGCAUUCUCGCCGAAUCGGGAAUUUUCGAUUUUUUUGCAGUAUACGCUUAUAAAUUGUCCCGCGGUCAUAUUUGGCCAAUGGUAAACACCCUGUGUUUUUUUACUGCCACUAUAUCGGCUUUUUUGGAUAGUGUCACCAUGAUGCUGCUCAUUACACCAAUCGUCGUUAAGCUGUGCGAGGUGAUGCAAUCCGAUCCUGUUUUGGUGUUAAUGUUUCUAGUCAUCUAUGCAAAUGUUGGCGCCGCCUCAACACCUGUUGGUGAUCCACCGAACAUCAUCAUCACGACAAAUUCCUUCAUUGCUUCGCACAACAUCAAUUUCGGCAAUUUUAUGCUUCACACCUUGCCUUGUGUUGUAUUGGCUUUGCUGCAGACCUACAUACAAAUACGUUUGACAUUUCGCAAAUUGGGGCGCGUGCCCUAUCACGCGGAUGUGCGGAGCGAAUUGCGACAGAGUGCGCACGCAUGGGAGCGCGCCGCAGCUGCCAUUCAGCCCUACUCCAAGGACACCACUCAACUAAGAAAAGUGCUAAUGAAAAAGGCUGAACGCGUCAAAAAUCAUAUAAUUAAAAUCGGUAAACGCGUGCAACCAACGGCCAACUACGAAGAAACACUUGCCGAACUGCGCUCCUCCUAUGGCAUACGCAACAAAACGCUGCUCAUUAAGUCAUCCAUUGCAUUUGUAUUCGUUAUUGUUUUAUUUUUCAUGCACUCAGUGCAUCUGCAUCAGCUGUCGCUCGGUGAAGCGGCACUUAUUGGCGCCAUAUGUCUGCUAAUUCUUGCCGACAUACGUGAUAUGGAAGCGAUAUUGGGCCGCAUCGAGUGGUCGACCUUGAUAUUCUUUGGCUCUUUAUUUGUGCUCAUGGAAGCGCUCACCGAGAUCGGUGUCAUCUCGGUUUUGGGUAAUAUGGUGCAGGAUAUAAUAUUCGCCGUUAGUGAAAAGCAUCGCUUGUUGGUCACACUGGAGCUGGUGCUUUGGGUGUCGGCAAUUUCCUCAGCCUUCCUGAACAACAUACCAGUGACCACAAUGAUGAUACGCAUUGUCAUCUCACUAUCAGAGAAUAAGGAGUUGGGCCUGCCCUUGCAUCCGAUGGUCUGGGCGCUUGCACUGGGUACAUGCUUCGGUGGCAAUGGAACACUAAUAGGCGGCUCUGCCAAUGUAGCGACAGCGGGCGUGGCCGAGCAACAUGGAUAUAAUUUCACGUUCAAGCGGUUCUUCUUUGUUGGUUUUCCGCUAAUGAUUGGCAAUGUAAUCAUUACGUCGGUAUAUCUGUAUGUGUGCCACGUAGUGUUUCAGUGGCAUGAGCCGCCGACAAAUUCCAGUCAUCACUAAAUGUUAAUUUAUUUAAAUAGGCAAUUAAACUAG